AUGGGAGCAAGAAUCCUUGUUGUUAAUCCCAAUAGUUCUAAUUCAAUGACCGUUUCUCUGCAGGAAACCAUUGAGAAGACUUUUUUGGGAAAAGCAUAUGAAAUCAGUUAUUUUACAGGGCCGAGUACCUCACCACCACAGAUUGAUGGUCAUGAAACAAGUAUUCAAAGUAUGGAAGCCUGUUAUCCCCUUUUAGUUGAUGACGAAGAAUCAGUUUAUUUCUUUCAGAAAUUUGAUGGGAUACUGAUUGCCUGUUUUUCUGAUCAUCCUUUGGUGACAAGAUUAAAGGGUGUAGCUGCCAAAAAAAAAUCCAGAGUUUCGGUGAUUGGUUUGUUAGAUAGUAGUGUCCAGUAUUGCAAUUUGAUUGGAAAGAAUUUUUCCAUCAUUACUUCCAACAAAGAAUGGAUUUCAAUAUUGAAUAACUCUGUGAAAUCAAAAUUCUUGACUAGAAACACUAUUGAUAAAAAUCUAUGGAAAGGUACUGUAUCAACUGAUUUACAGGUCCUCGACUUGCAUAGUCCGGAUAAUUUUCAGCAAAUCGCAGAUAUUAUAUGCGAUAAAAAUAUUAGAAAUCUUGAUUCAGAAAUCGUAAUAUUAGGUUGUGCAGGGUUUUCGGGAUUACAAAAUAAACUUGCAAAAAAAUUCGAGGAAGAUGGCGUGUUGUUUCUGGACACCAUUGAGAUUGGUUUAGAGAUUUUAAUGACUAUGAUAAAGUUUAUCAAAUCACAAAAAUAUAUAGAAACAUAA